CGGGUGUGCGUCCCCGCUCCUCGGUCUGGGUUUGGCGUCGUCGGGCCGCUGCUGCUGUCCCUGCACGCGGAGCGUUAGCGGCCGGAACGCCGGGGCCGACUGCUGCGUGACUUUUUCCCGGCCAGGACCGGGCGCCGUUUGAAGGCGCGCUCUCCACUCGCACUGCCUGGUAGGCCCACCAUGAGGCGCCUGGGCUCCGUGCAGCGAAAAAUGCCGUGUGUGUUUGUGACAGAGGUGAAAGAAGAGCCGUCCGCCAAGAGGGAGCAGCAGCCAUUUAAAGUUUUGGCAACUGAAACUAUAAGUCACAAGGCAUUAGAUGCAGAUAUAUGCAGUGCAAUUCCAACAGAAAAAGUGGAUGGAACAUGUUGUUAUGUUACUACCUACAAAGAUCAGCCAUACCUUUGGGCUCGACUAGAUAGAAGACCCAACAAACAGGCUGAUAAAAGAUUUAAAAAUUUUCUACAUUCAAAAGAAAACUCAAAAGAAUUUUUUUGGAAUGUUGAGGAGGACUUCAGACCUGUUCCAGAGUCCUGGAUACCAGCAAAGGAAAUAGAACAAUUAAAUGGGAAUCCAGUACCUGAUGAAAAUGGACACAUUCCUGGUUGGGUACCAGUAGAGAAAAACAACAAACAGUACUGCUGGCAUUCCUCUGUAGUUAAUUAUGAGUUUGAAAUUGCCCUGGUACUAAAGCAUCAUCCUGAUGAUCCUGGACUUUUGGAAAUUUGUGCAGUGCCACUAUCAGAUCUCUUAGAACAAACACUGGAGCUUAUAGGAACAAAUAUCAAUGGAAACCCCUAUGGGUUAGGAAGCAAGAAGCAUCCCAUACAUCUUCUUAUACCACAUGGAGCAUUUCAAAUAAGAAAUCUGCCUUCAUUGAAGCACAAUGAUCUGUUAUCCUGGUUUGAAGGUUGCAGAGAGGGUAAAAUUGAAGGAAUAGUAUGGCAUUGCAGUGAUGGCUGUUUAAUUAAGGUCCAUCGCCAUCAUCUUGGUUUAUGCUGGCCAAUUCCAGAUACUUAUAUGAAUUCAAAACCAGUUAUUAUCAACAUGAACCUGAACAAAUAUGACUACGUCUUUGAUACUAAGAGUUUAUUUAAUUAUUUUUCAAAAAUAGAUAAUCAGAAAUUUGGUAGGCUUAAAGAUAUAAUACUUGAUGUAUAAAUGGAAAUGCAAUUAAGAUAAGCUUUAUUACUGUUUAUUUGAAUCUUGACUAUUCUGCCAUGUUUAAAAAUAUCUCAAGGUUUGUUGUGAGACAUACCAGCGUCUUCCAGCAUCUGAAGAAAUGAAUACCCAGUUGCAAAUACCUUUUCAAAAUUUUAUUUAGAAUCAACAAAUUAAGUUCUUGACACAGAAAUCUAAGUUAUAGUAAGCUCCCAAGCAUGUACAAAGGCUGGAUUCUGUCCACUGUAACUGGGUGGUAAUUUAAAGAAUAAUUACCAACAGUUUUAUAUCAUUUACUUUUAAAAUUAAACAGUUUAAGCUCAAUUUAAUUUUGCUAGACAUUUAACAAAACGUAUGGCACAACAUUGUAACCUGGGUGUGUCUGUGUGUAUACCAGGGUAAUUCAAAAAGUUCGUAGAAAUGUAGAAUUAAAAGAUAACACAAAUAUUUCCAUGAACUUUUUGAAGUACUCUUGUGUGUAUAUAUUGUAGUUAGUAUUUGAGAAUCUUAACACACAAAAUAAGUACAUACAAAACCACAAUUUUAAAUGUUAAAAGCUUACCUGCAUACUCUUUAAAAACUUAAUCAAAACAUUAUGAAUGUAGAGACAUUCAUCAUAGCUCACUACCUAUUACAUAGUCAUUCUAAAAAUCUUCAAAAAUAUACUUCUCCAGUAAGAUUAAAAUUUCAUAUAAUUUUAUUUACUAAAAAUUCCAAUUUAAGUAAACGUACAAGGUAGUGAGAAGGAAAUUCUUCUAGUUCAGAGGUUUGCUUGACUUCCAAAUAGAAUUUUAACUUAUAAAGUUAAUAAAUAGUUAAACAAAACUACAGUUACAGAUGGUCCUUAAUAAAUGGGGAAAUUAACAGGACUUUCUUCAUCUUCAAACUGUUCAGAAGCAGCAACAGGGCUAGUCAAUUCAACUCCCAGUUGUUCAGAAAAUUUUUUAAAUUUCUCCUCUAAGAGAAUAUUUUUUUUCACUUCUUCCUUGUAAUUAUACUUCAGAUCUUCAAUUUCUUCAAAAAAUGAAGGAUCAAAAUUUUCCAGUUCUUUUUUCAGUUUUUUUAUUUCCUCCUAGAGGAAACAUAUUAUCUUUAAAAUUCCCACAUAGGAAUAUAAUACAUGUUUUAGGUUUGAACUAAUUUAAUCACAAACAUGAAAGCCAAAGUAAAUAGUCAAAUGUGGUUAGCAAGGCAGAAGUAUUCUCUUAAGAUUUUGUUAAUAACGUUUCAUUGUACAAUAUAAAUAACUUGUUAACUGUCCCAUCAGGUUAUCAUCUAUUCUCUAAGUUAUGUUCUAGUUUUGACUAAAAUUUAUCAACUUAGAUUAUGUUAGGAUUUAAUCUUUCUCUGAAAGCACAUCAAAUACUCUCAAUGAAGAAAUUAAAAAGACUUUGCUAUUCACAACAUUGAAAUUACUCCGGUUAAGAAUUUUUGGUUUAGGCUUCAUUUAUAUUGUCUUUAUAAUAUCUAAUUUUUAAUGAAUGAUGAUCAACUUUUUAUAAAUAUACUUAUGAUCAGGGAAACCCUAUAACUUCUGCCUGGCUAAGUUAGGCCACUGGUGGAAGAGAGAGAAUUUGAGCUUUAUUGACUAUUUAGAAUAGCCAGUAAUCACUAGCUAAUUCUCAUAUUGAUGCCCUUGUUCUGUUUAUGGAGUCUUAAAAGAGGUAAAGCAUAUUAUUUUUUUUUUAAGGGAACUAUAACUUUAAGGGAAGAUUCCUGAAAAGAAUUUCAAAAGGAACUAAAAGACACUGUUCCCAAUAUGACCCAAAACAUAAAAUAUUGUAAUAAUGAUCUAUAUUUGUU